CUGCCGUCGUAUGCGGGAGGGUGUCCCUACCUGCUCCAGACUAAGACUACCUGGUGAGGCUCUCCAAAUUGCUCGGUCCACUGAUUUAUGAUUUUCUGCCGCUUUUUGGUAAAAAUGGCAACUAAUGGUGCUGUUCUGAAGAGGCUGGAACAAAAGGGUGCAGAAGCAGACCAAAUUAUUGAAUAUUUAAAGCAGCAAGUUGCUCUUCUUAAGGAGAAAGCAAUUUUGCAGGCAACUUUGAGAGAAGAGAAGAAACUUCGAGUUGAAAAUGCCAAAUUAAAGAAAGAAAUUGAAGACUUGAAACAAGAGCUAAUUCAGGCAGAAAUUCAAAAUGGAGUGAAACAAAUACCAUUUCCAUCUGGUACUUUACUGCAAGCUAAUUCCCCAGUUUCUGAAAAAGUGAUACAGUCUAUACCAAUAACAACUGUAUCUUCUGGUGCCAAAGAACAGAUGACAGGAGGAAGAGCAGAAGAAAAGAUGAAAGAGAAAAUUGAAAUUAAAGAGAAAAAGGAGAAAAAACAACAAUCAGCAGCAGGAAGUGCUGACUCUAAGCCAAUAGAUGUUUCUCGUCUGGAUCUUCGAGUUGGUUGUAUCAUCACUGCCAGAAAACAUCCUGAUGCAGAUUCUUUAUAUGUAGAAGAAGUAGACGUUGGAGAAGCAGCCCCAAGAACAGUUGUCAGUGGCCUGGUGAAUCAUGUUCCUCUUGAACAGAUGCAAAAUCGGAUGGUGAUUUUACUUUGUAACCUGAAACCUGCAAAGAUGAGGGGAGUAAUAUCUCAGGCAAUGGUGAUGUGUGCUAGUUCACCUGAGAAGGUUGAAAUCUUGGCACCCCCUACUGGAUCUGUUCCUGGAGACAGAAUUGUUUUUGAUGCUUUUCCUGGAGAGCCUGACAAGGAGCUAAAUCCUAAGAAGAAGAUUUGGGAGCAGAUCCAGCCAGAUCUCUGCACUAAUGAUGAGUGUGUGGCUACAUACAAAGGAGUUUCCUUUGAGGUGAAAGGGAAGGGAGUGUGUAGGGCUCAAACUAUGACCAACAGUGGAAUAAAAUAAAAUACUCACUGAAAUACAUUGGAGAAAACUUUAAUAACAAUAAAAAGAAAUAUUUGUCACUUGUGCCUAAAAUAUAACUGGCUUUUUUUGUGUUAUUUCUCUUGUAGACUUGACUGGUCUUUUAACCAAGUAUAUAUUGUUUUCAAUCAGUUAAAGAAACACUACAUUUUUACUUAAGAUUUGUACUACUGUAUGAUGUAGGAAGGAAAUUGGCUAUGUUUUGUGAUGGUUUAUUUUUUAGCAGGGAUGUUGCUUAGCAGAUUAUUUUUCUGGACACAUUUAGAUAACUUGAACUAGAUGAACAUUUAGUUUCCUAUUUGUAGGCACAUGGUGCAUGAAAUUGUAAGCCUUUGGAAUUUUAGUAUACUGUGCCAUUGUAUUAUACAUGUCUUUUUCUUUUCAAAAGUGACAACUUGUAAUUUUUGUCAGGCUUAUGGUAAUAUUGAAAAUGACCAACUCUUGAUUCUAGAGAGCCAACGUCAUAAAAGCUAAGAGACGUGGUAUUUGAACAUUAUUGCUCUUGCCUCCCAAAGUAAACAGACCUGUAUACUUGAGGUGAUUUUUAUAAAAGAGUGAAAUUUUCAGCUGUGUACUGAACUUUCUUUCCAUUUGGCAAAAUAAUUAGUAUUAAAUUUCAACUAACUAUAAAGAAUAAACAUUGUGCAGUGUUGCCAGUACACUUUCCAAUAAAUUGAUGUAAAAGUGGCA